AUGCGCUGCCCGCUUGGGGCUGCAUGCAAAGACGGGGCUGCUGCUGCAUGCAAAAGGGGACAGUUGGGAUCCACUGCAGAGCUGCUGCGCACAAAAUGCGAAAAGUGUCCCCGGGGACACUGGGCCUCCGCCGCGUUAAUGGGCCCCAAGUUAGUGAUAGCAGAAGUGAAUCUUUUGGGAGGGUCCGUGGCUGAAAAGGAGACAGGAGACAGGGUACAGGGGGGCCCCCCAGACUGCGAGGGGGGCCCCGGGGGGCCCCCCUGCCUCGUGUUUACCCCUUUUGCUGCUGAAGUGACCCUGGAAAGACCCACUUUUGGGUACUUCUUGGGUCUCUCCAAACAUCCCGGGGGCCCCCUGGCUGUAGCUGUGAGGCCCCGCCGCCAAAAGGGGACAGGGGGGCCCCCCGAGAAGAUACUGGGGUCCCAGCUACUGCUGCGCGUCAGGGGACAGCAGCAGCAGCAGCAGCAGCAGCAGCAGCAGCUGGAGGAACUGGUGGUUUUCAGGCCGGAAGACUGGCAGCAGCGCGUGGCAGUGGAGCUGGAGUUCACCAUGGCAGCAGCAGCAGCCGCUGCUGCAGCUGUUGCUGAGGGACAGUCCCCAGUUGCGCUCGAAGUGCAGCACGAAGUGUCUCCUUACGAGCCCACUGCAGCAGACCUUGCUGCUCCUCCUGCAGCAGCAGCAGCAGCAGCAGCAGAAGAGCUGUCUCCCGCGGGCGUGGGGAUCCCGCCCACGGUGUCUGUACACUGCAGAGUGCAGACCUACGUUGACGACUUCACAGACGAGUCCCUUUGGGGGCCCCCCGGGGGCCCCAACAAAAUAAAAAUUAAAGAAAAUCGAAGUAAUUGA